CAAAAAAAAAACAAUAAUAGCAACAUAUAUAUAUUAUAUAUAUACUUGUGAGUAUUGCAUGGAGACAGUCAGACUACUCAAUGUUGUUAUUGUUUGUGUUCUGGUUUUUUGUCCCGGCGGUGUUAUCCCAUUGGACACGGUUCCUAUUCCGGCAGAAAAGUCUCAGGUAGAGAGCUGGUUCAGAGCCAGCGUUCAACCCCUUCAAUCAGGCAGAAAGGGUGUGGACCCUGCCCUCGUUAAGGCCGAGGCCGCUCCGGUGUACCUUAAGGUCGGAAAAGGAGGCCAAUUCAAAACCAUCCAGGAAGCCGUCAAAACCAUUCCGGCUAGGAACACAAAACGCUACAUCAUUUUCAUAGCCGGUGGGAAGUAUAACGAGAGAGUCAAGAUUGACUUUGAUAGGCCUUUUGUCACCCUUUACGGAGAUCCUAAGAAUCGGCCAACUUUAGUUGCCGCUACAACGGCUGCUCAAGUUGGUACUAUAUACAGUGCCACUUUGUAUGUUUUGUCGGAUUACUUCUCAGCCGUCAAUAUUGACGUCAGGAACUCGGCUCCUAGGCCCACCGGUAAAAGGGAUCAGCAAGCUGUGGCUUUGACCAUAACCGGUGACAAGGCUUCCUUCUAUAACUGUAAAUUCUAUGGAUUUCAAGACACCCUUUGUGAUCAUAACAAUAGACAUUUCUACAAGGAUUGUUACGUUGAAGGCACCGUAGAUUUCGUGUUUGGCAAUGCCAAGAGCAUCUUUUUGAAUACCCAAUUGCGUGUUAUCCCAGGUGACCAAAUGGCCAUGGUGUCCGCACACGGUAGAAAUAGUGAAAAAGAGGACACAGGAUUCUCUUUCGUACAUUGCCAAGUUACCGGGAAUUCCAAGGUUGCCGUACUAGGGAGAGGAUGGUUUCCUUAUUCUAAGACCAUAUUUGCCUACACCUAUAUAGGCAAUGCCAUCAAACCGGAGGGGUGGAUGGGGAUGCGCACCAAUCCCAAGAACGGAGGGACUUGUUACUUCGGAGAAUAUAACAAUACAGGGCCGGGGGCUAAAAUGGAUGGUCGACCAAAGUUCGUUAAGAGGCUGACAGAUGCAGAUGUAAAGCCUUUCAUCUCCCUGGGGUACAUAGGGGCUUCCAAGUGGUUGCUUCCCCCAAUCACCAAAGCUGUUCAAUAACGAGCAAUUAAUAUAAUAUAUAUAAUUAUUCAACAUGAAAAUAAAAGGAAAUUAAAACAAAAGCCGCCUAAAGUCUUGUAUGGUUGCGUUGUUGGGUACUUUACUACGAUCGCAAUAUAUGCAUAUGUAAAGACGCCGGCCGGUAAUAAUGUGUUGCCAUUGCAGCACCCAAGUCCGGUCCGAUCUGCAGCCCCGCGCCGGUCGUCAACUUUAAUUUUUCUUUUUAUUAUACUGUAUGGCGCAUUAUAUUUUGGCCCAAUAAUUACUUUCUAUUUGCCAAACAAUAUAUAUAAAUUAAAAUC